UUGAAAUUUGUUAUCCUCACAAGUGCCACUCACUCACUGCAUUGGUCUUCCCUUCCCUUUCCAUCUCCUCCACCCAAUCCUCAAUCUCCAAUCCUCAUAUUUACUUCCAUCACUCUCCCUCCCUCCCUAUUCACACCAACAAUGGCUGCUGCUGCCGCUGCUGUAACCGCUGCUGCUGUCUCUCUCCCUGCCACCAACUCCUCUUCCCUUCCGGCCAGAACCUCCAUUGUUUCUCCACACACAAGAAUCCAAUUCACCAAGGUGCCGCUGUUCCGCCGAUGCGCCGCCGCGAAAGUAGCGCCAAUCAGGGCGCAGGUAACCACAGAGGCGGAGGCGCCGGCCAAAGUUGAAAAGGUUUCGAAGAAGCAAGAAGAAGGAUUAAUUGUGAACAAAUUUAAGCCUAAGGAGCCGUACAUCGGUAGGUGCCUUCUCAACACCAAGAUCACCGGCGACGACGCUCCCGGCGAAACAUGGCACAUGGUCUUCACAACUGAGGGGGAGAUUCCCUACAGAGAAGGCCAAUCCAUUGGAGUGAUUGCCGAUGGCGUCGACAAGAGUGGGAAGCCUCACAAGCUCAGGCUCUAUUCGAUUGCCAGCAGUGCCAUUGGCGAUUUUGGAGACUCCAAGACUGUAUCGUUGUGUGUGAAAAGGCUCAUCUACACAAACGAUCAAGGGGAGGUAGUUAAGGGAGUUUGCUCAAACUUCCUUUGCGACUUGAAACCAGGCGCAGAAGUGAAAAUAACCGGACCGAUAGGGAAAGAGAUGCUCAUGCCGAAAGAUGAGAAGGCUACGGUUGUAAUGCUUGCCACCGGAACUGGGAUUGCACCUUUCCGCGGAUUCUUGUGGAAAAUGUUCUUCGAAAAACAUGAGGAUUACAAGUUCAAUGGUUUAGCGUGGCUGUUCUUGGGUGUCCCGACGAGCAGCUCGUUGCUCUACAAAGAGGAGUUUGAGAAAAUGAAGGAGAAAAACCCGGACAAUUUCCGGCUAGACUUUGCGGUGAGCAGAGAACAGACGAAUGCCAAAGGGGAGAAGAUGUACAUCCAAACUCGGAUGGCGGAAUACGCAGAGGAGUUGUGGGAGCUGCUGAAGAAGGACAACACGUUCGUGUACAUGUGCGGGCUGAAGGGGAUGGAGCAGGGUAUCGACGACAUUAUGGUCUCCCUCGCCGCCAAAGAUGGGAUCGACUGGCUGGAAUACAAGAGGCAGUUGAAAAAGGCAGAGCAAUGGAAUGUGGAAGUGUACUGAGGCGAGCUAAUCUGUUGCUUUUUGUACAAAAUAUUAUUAUUAUUAUUAUUAUUAUUAUUAUUAUUAUUAUUA